AAAAACCUGAACCUGUCUCUCACAAUACUAUCUCGCGUUCCUCGACGAAUCUCAAAACCUAACUGUUUGGCUUCCGCUAGUAAAUAACGCGUUGCUGGUCGUCACCUCGGCAUUUGAAGCAAGCCGGCCCAGGCUGUAGCAUAUUAGUAUAACUGAACGGCCAGGAGAAGGUGUAGGUCACUGUAAUCCCACACUGCGACAUCCCGAAUAGAAUGUGGCCUUUCACAUCCUCCAAUGCAGGAAUUAUCGCUUCCAAACGUGCACAGCGCGACAAGGAUGUAGCCACAGCUGGAAUCUACAAUCCUCAAGAACAUACACAGUACCUCAGCGCGACAGGGAAGGAGAUUGUACAGAAUAUCGAGAAAGGCGAAUGGACCGCUUCCAAAGUCAUCGAAGCCUACAUCGCUCGCGCAGCUUACGCCCAUGCGAAGACAAACUGUCUCACAGAGAUUUUGUUCGCACAGGCUCGACAGGAAGCAGAACAAUCGGACAAGCUAUUCUCUACAACAGGUAAACUUAAGGGCCCACUUCACGGCGUCCCGGUCAGCUUGAAAGACCAAUACGAUAUUGAGGGAUUUGAUAGCACUAUCGGUUUCACACAAUGGGCAGGCAAAACGGCCACAAAGGACUCAUCUAUAGUUCAACAAUUGCGUGCAGCCGGAGCCAUACCCAUAGUCAAAACCAAUGUCCCCCAAACAAUGUUAACCUUCGAAUGUGGUAAUCCUCUCUGGGGCACGACGACCAACCCCUUUAGCUCUCUACACACCUGCGGCGGCUCCUCAGGCGGCGAAGCUGCUCUCCUCGCGCUCGACGGCUCGGCCAUCGGUAUCGGAUCCGAUGUGGGAGGAAGUUUAAGGAUUCCAGCUUCGUAUUGUGGUAUUUAUUCUCUAAAACCCGGAUUUGGGAGGAUUGCCCAGGAAGGGAGUCGAGGACCGAACCCUGGGUUCGAAGCCAUCCGAUCAGUAGCUGGACCGAUGGGCCGCUCAGUAGACGACAUCGAACUCGUCUCUCGCCUCACCUUCGGCGUCCAAGACGCGAACUACUUCCCUGCGCCCCUCCCCUAUCGCGAAGUCGACCUCCCUAAGAAACUCAAGUUUGGAUACUAUACUUCUGACGACUUUGUCAAAGCAUCCCCGGUAUGUCAACGUGCGGUGCUGGAGACAGUGGACGCACUUCGGAGAGAAGGGCAUGAAUGUGUCGAGUUCAAAUUGCCGCAUCCCUCUCGCGCGCUUGAGUUGUUCGCCGGUCUGACUUCUUCGGACGGUUACAAGGCGCUACUGUCCCAUCUUGGCCCUGAUAAGAAGGAGAAGAGCCUCAUGCUCGCCACACUCGGCCCACGGCUCUACGGUUGGUUCCGCGCCCUCGCCAGCUGGGCCAUCACCCAUCUCAUCGGCGACCACAUCUUCGGUUCCCUCCUGACCCACUCCAGACACAAGACCGUCGCCGAAUUCUACGCGUACACGGUCGAAAAGAACGAGUUUGUGCGGUGGUGGAAUGCCGAGGUAUGGGGAAAGUAUGAAUUCGACGGGAUCAUAGCGCCCGUACAGGCUGUUCCUGCUCUACCUCACGGCGGCUGCGAACGUCUCUCCCCCCUCGCAAUCGCCACAAUAACCUACAACCUAAACGACUCCCCCGUCGGCGUCGUCCCCGUCACUCGUCUCUCACCCUCCCUCGACCGCCUCACUCCCUCAUGGUUCGACCCCGCUUCUCCCGGGCACGGAAGCAAGAUCCUGGAACGGCUCGUCUAUGGCACUCGCCACUCUCUUGACAGCUCGAAGGGGAAGGGAGGUGGGAUAUACGACGUGGAGAGGAUGGCAGGAUUACCGGUGGGGGUGCAAAUCGUGGGGAAGAAAUGGGAGGAAGAGAAGGUGGUGGCGAUGAUGAGGGUCGUGGAUCGGGCAUUAGGCAACAACAAUAAUAGUAGAGGGUUCGGGGCGGGGAGUUCGUUGCGUUUGGAGGCGGGGGCUGAGUGAGGGGCUUGCUUUUUUUCGGUUCGGUGCUGGAGUUUGGCUGCCUGGACUUGUUCGAGAUUUUCCUCUUGUUGCUAUUUGCUUUGAUUUGAUUUGAUUUGGAAUAUAUAUAUUAUAGGAUGCGGACGGUGAGUGUGUGUGCGUGCGUGCAUGUAAGGACGAGAGGGCUCGGGACGGCGUUGUAAGUUAUAUGGCUAUCAUCAUGUCUUCUGAACUCUGUGAUCCAAAUACUCGAGCAUAAGAGAUACCGACAUGACCUGCCAGAUUAUACCUACUCAGCAUACUCAUGAGACCGUGAAUUCAUGAGAAACCAGGCUUGACUCCGGGUGCGCUCCGCUCUUCCUUGCGCUUGUCCAUCCAAGCUUUCUUACAAUCCCUAUACGCCUGAAAGAAAUCCAAACAUUUCUCCCGGUUAUAAUCAUGCCUGUUCAAACAUGCCAUAGAUGCGCGGGAGGCCUCUUCACAUGGAUCGACGAAUUCAGACGAUUUGGCCUGGUACAUCAGCUUCCAGUCCUUCGGUUUCACUUCUUGGGCGGAAGGUUCUGGAGCCUGGGGUGUCGUUGGUUUUGAGGAGGAGGGAGGAAAGGAUGUGGUGGACAUUUUCGCGGCACUGAGAACUGUUACAAGGUUUCAAGUUGGAUGCAGGUCAGACGAAG